CAUGAAGAAGUGAAGAGAAAACGUAACGUCAGAAAAAUCUAAAUGUUUGCGCUCUUCAAGAAUUUAAAGUUUGGAUUUAAAUUCGUACAUUAUAGUGAAUAUAAAGGUUGUUUACAUAAAUUUUCAUUGAUUCUUUUAUCAGAAUGGCUUCUUCUUCUGUAAAAAUAGAAAAUUGUGAGAGUUCAACUGAGGAGAACAAAACACUGAAUUCGGAAAAUAGAGUUAAACUUCCAGAUCUGAAAGUUCAAGAUUUGAAAGUGCAGUUGGAAAAACGUAGUCUUGAUAAAACUGGAGUCAAAUCCGUCCUUUUUGAAAGAUUAAAAAACGCGUUAAUAGAAGAGGGAGAAGAUCCUGAAAUUUUUACUUUCCAUACUGUGGGGGAAAGCUCAAAUAAACAAAUUGCAAUUAAGAAGAAUAAAUUAAGUAACACAGAAGUUAAUGGUGAAGUUCACAUUAAAGAAGACAUGAAUGAUGGGAUAGAACUUGAUAUUAAAGAUGAAGUAUUAGAUGUUAUUGGAGAUGAAUUUAUCGAAAUGAAUAUUGAUAAUGACGAUAAAUGCUCGAAUGAAGUAACAUUGCAACUGUCUAUUGAUGAAGAGGAUGCUCAGUUAAAUGAUGAAGAAAACAUUUUAGAUAUUUCAAAAAUUAUCGACAGUGAGUCUGAAAUUAAAUCAGAUAUUGAAAAACCCAUUGAUAUUGUUUCAUGUGAUAUAUCUGUAACUGAGAAAGCAUCUCCCGUAAAAAACACUCCUACAAAAGCAGCGAAACCAUUAAUUGAGGAAGUUAAAAAGAAGAAAAAAGCUUCUCCAGUAACAAAAAGUUCAGAUUCCCGUAUAGCAGUGUUAUCCAAAGCUUCUAAAGUCUUAGGAAAAAGUAGUAAUACAAAAAAUGUUUCAACACUAAACAAAUGUCUAUGCAUUACAGGUUUACCAUGUACUACUAGAGCUGCAGAUCUUAAAGUAUUAUUUAGUAAACAGGGUAAAGUAUUAUCAGUGAAAAUAGUUAAAAGUGCUAAACAAACACCUGGAAAAUGGUAUGGAUUUGUUACUAUGGCAACAAGCAAAGAUGCCACAAAGGCAAUUCAAAAUCUUCAUCGUGUUGAGCUUAAUGGGCAUGUUAUUUCUGUUGAAAAAGCCCAAAGCGAUCCCAGUGUUUUAGUAAAAAAAUUAGAAUCUAAAUUGGUUAGCCCUAGUUCAAAGUUAGCUUCCGGUGCAAAAAAACCAGCCAAAAAAGAUAGUUCAAGCUCAAAAAGUGUUGAUACUUCAAAGUCUAGUUCCUCAUCUGAGCAUAAAGUUGGUAAACAAGAAUCGAAAACUAGUGUUAAAAAAUCAGUUGAAUCUACUGAUAAGAUAAAAGAUAAAAAAAUUAAUGAUAAAUCUAAAGGAAGAGAUACAGAUCGCAGAACACGGGAAUCUAAAAGUAAAGAAUACAAAUCUCGGGAAGUUGAGGAUAGGUUAAAAAGAAGACCUCAAUUUAGAAGGCCUCCUCCAUUUAGGCAACGGCCUUUUUCAUUUAGCGAAAGACCCGGUUUUGGAGCCUCUCGUAGAGCUUUUGCUCCGAGGCCUUAUUCUGUUAGAGGUGGGUUUUCUAGUGAUAGGUUAUCUAGAUCUAGCAGCACAGCAUAUUCUCUGCAGAAAAUCAGGGAGGAAAGAUUGAGAUUACGUGCAGAGCGCGAAAUUGAAAAGAGGAGGUUAGAAGAAAUAACACGUCAUCGAUUUAUUGAAAGGAAACAAAGAGAGGAAGCUUACAGACUUGAACGAGAAAAAGAAAAACUACGCCUUGAAAGAGAAAUGUUAGAGCGGGAAAAAGCAGAAAUAUUAAAAUUAGAAAGAGAGAAGCAGAGACUGGAACGUGAAAGACUCGAGAGGGAAAGAGAUGAGCUGAGACGACAGUCUGAAUUGAGACGAAGUUCAAAAAGACCAAUUGCUCGUGUGCAUGAAAGAGAAACUGAACAGUUUUGGAAGAAACCAGCUCCACGUUAUGAAGCUCGUGCCAGUUUUACUGCUGAACCCUCUACUAAUUCACGGUAUGACUAUCCUACCAAAGAGAGAGCACCAGUGGUUCCAAAGCAUGAAUAUGAACGAAGAGCGGAACGUUUCAACCCCAAAACUGUGGAGCCAGCUUCAAGAGUUGGCUAUGAUAGUCGUGAUUCCAGACGUGAAGUAACCAUACGUUCCCGUGAUGAAAGGCAAGUAUAUGAUCGAAGCAUUUACCGAGCAGAUCGAGAUUCAAGGCCAAGUUUCCCAGACAGAGAAAGACAUUCCACUACCAAAAGAGAUUCAUCAAGAAUAGACUGGAAGCAUGACCGAAGAGUGCACGAGCGUGUAAUACCUUCUACAAGCAAUAGCUCAUCUCGAAGAAUGUAUUAUUGAAGAAGAUUUGACUGAAUUGUUGUACAUGUAUAAUGCAUUGUUUUAUUAUCUUUAUAUCAUAAGAAUAUAUGAAAAAUGAUUUAUUGAAAUUCAACUCCCAUCCUGUUGUGGAUUUCAUAGUCAGUUGUCUUUUAUUUUCAUCUUGCCAUUUAGUCUUCUUAAAGAGAUGUAAAAAAGUUGUCUGUAAAAAUUUAUUUGAAAUACAGAUUUUUCAAGUUUCUGAAGUUUACAAGAAAAAAAGUUUUUUAAAUCAAAGUUAUUUUGAAGUGUUUGAUGCAGUUAUCUUAAGUUUGAAACUAAAGUAAACAAAUUAAGUAAGUUUGCUUUUUUGCCCUGAUAUUCCUGAUUGUUGUGUAUGUUCAGAACAGCCUAUUUUCUAAGAAGACAAACACUGAUUUUUAAAAAAAAUAGAUUGAAGAAUUGAGAGCUUUAGAUUUUUGAUCCAACAUUUUUGCUGUUGUUGAUCCAAUUGGUUAUUUCAAUUUGGAAGUUUCUAUUGAUGAUUCUUUUGCAUCAUCAAAUGUUUAUGUUUUACUAAAUAUAACACAUAAGUUCAUCAUUGGUAUGGUCGUUUAACAUCAUUUAAGAUUUCUGUCCUGUUUAGAUGAAAUAAAAAUAUUAGAAUUACAUAAAAAUAUUAGGAUUAAAUAAAAAUAUUAGAAUUAAUUUAAAAAGUGUAUAUAUAUGUGUAUAUAAAAUAUAUAAAAAGUAUUUUCUUUACAAAAUUGGUUAUUUAAACAAAAUGUAACAUUACACAGUCAGCAAUUAACUGUGAAUGUAAUAAAAUUUUAAUAUUUACUAAAUGUUCUUGUAUUUACUUCAAAAAGUUUAGGAGUUCAUUAAAAUUUUAUUUUUUCUCUUGUCUUUUUUAUUUAGAAUUCAUUUGCUUAUACUACAAUUGUCUAAUUUAGUAAGAAUUUUUAAAUGUUUACUACAUGGGUGUUUCUCCAAAAACAUAACAAUAUCAUGUCCAAACAAAUUAUCACACAAUUAGCUUGAGGUAGAUAGCUUUUGUUUUUUAUACUUUUAAUACAUUGUUUUUCCCAUGCGGUUUCGUGCAGAUAAAAAAGUUUAUUCAUUUACAAAUUCCUUAAAAAGUUUUUAAAAUUAUCUAGCAGUUGCUCUCCUCUCCUGUCUAAAAAUUUUUUUAAAACUUAUUAAACAUUUCAUUUAUUAAAGUAGUAUUAACAUAUUAUAUUUUUGAAGAUGUAAAAUAAUAUAUAUAUAUUUUUAAUUCGUUUAAUUUUUUAACUCACCGAGUUGAUUUGAAAGUUUGCCCAAAGAUUUUCAUGUAUGUCUCCUGGCCCAGAAAUUUUUUUAAAUUUUUAGUCUUGUGCCUGCAACACUAUAUAUUUAUUACCACCAUUCUGCUGAAUUGAUGGAGUGCUUUGAAGAUCUGAUUCACCUGAUGUUCUUAUCAUAGCUUUAAAGUUCUAUACUAAAGUGUGUAACUGUUUCUGCUGCUAUUCUCCUGUGUACAACAGCUUUAUUAUACAUAAUAUUUUUUUAAAAAAUUACCUAUUACAAUGUGUAAUAAUGUGGUGAGUCUAUAGAAAAAGUUUCUUAUAAAUAGAACCUGAUUUUUUCUAAAAAAAAAAUACUCUCCUGCAUUUUUUAAAUUAAAUUAUUGACUUAUCAGCCAAUAUCAUCAAUUAAAUGAUUGAUUGCAAAUUUAUUCAAGGUAUAUUCUUAAUUCGAAUGAUUAUAUUCUAGUAUUAUAAAGCUGAUUACUCCUACAUUGUCAUUAAACAUCAAAUGUCAUCAAUUAAGUGAGUUCCUUUUAUUAUUUUUUUUCUUGUUAACUGCCGUAUAUAGAGCACAUAUGAAUUUUUUAGAUUUUUUUUUUUUAAAGUACUUUUAGUUUUUAAAAAUUUGUAAUUUGAAGAGGUCAAGUUUUUGGAGAAUCACCCUCAUAUUACUUUAUUGAUUAGAAUGAAUUGAUCAAAACAAACUACUAGGAAAACUGCAACAUCGUGGAAUAUGGAUUACACCAGUAAUAUUUUUCAAUUUAAAUGCAAUACAGUUCCAUGUCUUAGCAGAAAAUUCCUUUUAAAAAAUGACAUUUAUUAUGAGAUAUUGUCCCGAAAUACAUAUUUUGCAUCCAAUCUAAUUUGUGUUUUCAUUGCCAAUGUAUUUUUAUUUUGUUUUUUUAAUAUGCUUUUCUUCAUUAUCAAACAGUACCAAUUUCUAUUCUAAUAUGAAGAAAUAUAUUUUUCUGACUAAAAGUUUUAAUGCAUUAGUUUAACUUAAACUAAUUUGUAGUAGCUUGUGAAAUAUAGUUUUUUUUUUUUGCAUUAUCACUAUUAAUUUUAUUUUUGUAUCCCUGUCAAAUAUAAAGUAAAAUGAACUAUUCACAUUAGCGAUGUAAGUGAAGAAAAAAUUUAAAUUUUAUCAAAAUUUAAAGAAAUUUUUAUUUGCUUGAUUAGCAAGGUAGGAAGGAAUAAAAACCUGUUUGCCUUUAAGAAAUAGAAAGGAUUUGAAAAGCAAUUAUUAGAAACAUUUUCAAGUUUGUUUCAUCCAGCAGUAAAACUUGUUUUGAUAUUUUGAAUCCCAUUUACCUCAAAAAUGAUUCGUUUAAAUGUGUUAGUAUUUUUUUUCUUGCUUAAAUAUUAGUUUAUGACUCUUGAUGUGCAAAAUUUUUGAAAAAGAAAUAGCAAGAUUACAGAACACCUUGUAUAAUAUGUAAUGGUAAAAAAGUGAUGUAAUUUUACAAAUGCUCAAUCCUUUUUUUUUUUUAAUUAAAAAAACAUUGUGUUAAUUCCAGUGUUUAUUGUCACUCUUCCUGCAUCUGUUUAUAUCCUAGAUACAUAAAGCCUAUCUUCCUAGAUACAUAAAGCCAAAAUCAGAAACCCACAGUCAUUGGAAAGUGUAUCUUUUUCAGUGCCUUUCAGUUUUGACUUCUACCAGAAUGGAAGUGAUUAAUCUGACUUUUCAUUUUUAUCAGGGUUUUCCUUUCCUUUAUAUUUAGGUGAAUCUUAUUUAUAUAAGUUUAUUAAAAAUUUACACCUUAUACAUCUGUUUGGUUCCUUGGGAUAAGUUGAUUGAAUGAAUCCUCUAUAGUUUUAAUCUUCAUAGUUUCUGGCAUUAAAAUUUGUCUUUUCUUUCUAUUGAGGUUCUGAGAUUUUAAUAACCAUUUGAAAAGAUGUGAGUAGCAUCAAUUCUUCAUUAAAGAAUUCUGUUAAGUGUAAUCAAUUGUUUUGUCCCCUUUCUUCUUCUAGUGAAUAAUAGCACUGCUUUUCACACAUGUAUUGUUGAUAUACAACUUUCUAUUUGUUUCAGUUCUGAAGGAUUGAUCCACAGACUGAUGUUAUCUUUUAAAUUUUUCUCAUCUUUAUUUUACUAAACAAGUUUAGCUUUGGUUAUCUCUUUAUUUGCAAUUAACUGGUUUAAAACUUUUAAAUUUCUUUGUUCUUCAUUAAUUCUGUUAUUUAGAUUUUCUAGGUAUUGUUUUUGUCCUUAUUUCUUCCUUCUGUUUUACACAAUACAUCAGCUAUCAUAUUCAUGAUGGCAUUUUGAUUUAAUCAUUUUAUUCAUUUAUCCCAAACAAAGACGGGGGCCAACGGGGGAAUUUUAGAGACACUGAGCUAUACUAAUUCAUCCCAAGUCAUUUUCGAAUCUGCAACUUCUCCAAAGUUUAACCGGAUAUUUUCCAAUCAUAUUUAAUGUGGUAGCACAAUUUAUGUUUUUAGAUUCAGUUUAAAUAGUUUUAACCACCACGACACUUAAAUAAUUCAUAUUAAACUUAGUCUUCUAUAUAAAAUACUUGAUAAUUAGGUUCAGAAUUUUUUAAAUGAUGGCCAAAUGUUAAAUUCAUUUGGUUACAUAAUGAUUAUUUCUCUGCCACUUUAUUAUUGGUUUUAAAUAAAAUUAAGAAGAAAGACAUAUAAUUUAACUAUAGUUAUGUAUCUUAUAUAAUUUAAUUUUGUAUUAUUAAAAAAAAGGCAAGUAAAUAUUUUAAAGGGAAGAAAAAGAAUACCUAAAAUAUUGAUAUUGAAAAAUAGACAAAGGCAUUGUGCUGAUUUGAGGUUGUUUCAAUGUCGAUGAGAUCUCCAAUAAUUACUAAAAUUUCUUUAAUACAUAUUGAACGAUUUUCCAACUCUUUGUAAUGUUUGUCUGCAAGAAAAUGCCGCUAAAAAGAAUGUUCAUAAGUUAUGAAAAAUAAAAAUAUUCUGAUACAUAU